AUGCGCGCGCAGGGCUGCGGGCUCUCUGCGCUGCUGCUGCUGCUGCUGCUCCCGCUGGCUCCGGGGCCGCUGCCCGGCCGGGCUGGCCCCGGGGCGUUGUCCGAGCUGCGGGUCCGGGUGCGGCUGCCCGAUGGGCAGGUGACGGAGGAGAGCCUGCAGGCGGACAGCGACGCCGACUGCAUCAGCCUGGAGCUGCGCAAAGGGGACGGGACCCUCGUCACCCUCACCGCCGACUUCCGACAGGAGGUGAAGAUUUUCCGUGCUCUGAUCCUGGGAGAGCUGGAGAGGGGCCAAAGCCAGUUCCAGGCGCUCUGCUUUGUCACACGGCUUCACCGCAACGAGAUCAUCCCCAGCGAGUCCAUGGCGAAGCUGCGGCAGAAAAACCCCAAGACAGUGCGGCAGGCGGAGGAGGUGCGUGGGCUAGAACAUCUCAACAUGGACGUAGCGGUCAACUUCAGCAAAGGGGCUCAGCUGAGCCCCCACAUUCACAACAUCUGCUCGGAGGCCAAAGAGGCUAUUUACACCCGAGAAGAAGACGUUAAAUUUUGGCUGGAGAAAGGGGUGGAUGGCUCCAUGUUCGAGGUCUUGCCCCAGUCGGCCGACCUGCCCGACCUGCAGCGCUGCAAGUUGUGCUUGGACCGCUGGAAGCCCUGCAUCUGCAGCUACUCGCUGAGCAUCGAGUGGUACCCCUGCAUGCUCAAGUACUGCAAGAGCCGUGAUGCCAGCGGCAAGGUCUCCUCCUACAAGUGCGGCAUCCGCAGCUGCCAGAAGGGCUACGUUUUUGACUAUUACGUGCCGCAGAAGCAGCUGUGCCUAUGGGACGAGGAGACCUAG